GCCAUCUGCCUUCCUGCUGUCUGGCCCCUUGUCUUGAUUCGGAAGAAGGGAACUGGCCGACUGGAGAGAUCAUGGACGAAUUUUCUGAUCCUGAUUUGGCAGUUAUGGGUGAGGAAUCAAAAUCUGAGAAUGGAGAGAAUGCUCCUGUCUAUUGCAUCUGUCGCAAACCUGAUAUCAAUUGUUUCAUGAUAGGCUGUGAUCAUUGCAAUGAAUGGUUCCAUGGCCAUUGCAUUAACAUUACUGAGAAGAUGGCAAAAGCAAUUCGGGAAUGGUACUGCAUGCAGUGCCGAGAGAGAGACCCCACCCUUGAAAUCCGAUAUAGGCACAAAAAGUCCAAGGAGAAGGACCGUGAAGGUGAGCGGGAACGUGCUGAAAAAGAUGAGAUGCGUGUGAAAGCCCAAGAACUGGCACUGGAGCAGAGCCGCAAUUCCAAACAGAUCAAGCGCUCAGCCCGCAUGUGUGGAGAAUGUGAGGCCUGCCGGCGCACAGAGGACUGCGGGCAGUGUGAUUUCUGCCGGGACAUGAAGAAGUUUGGCGGGCCUAACAAAAUCCGUCAGAAAUGCCGCCUGAGGCAGUGCCAGGUUCGGGCUCGGGAGUCCUAUAAAUAUUUUCCAGCUUCGCCAUGGCUCAGCGACACAGACGAUGUGCCCUUCCUUGAUCCUGUGUUGCGGAAACGUGCAGUGAAAGUGAAGCAUGUCAAGCGCAGGGAAAAGAAGUCAGAGAAGAAGAAGGAGGAAAAAUAUAAGCGACACAAGCAGAAGCAGAAACACCGUGACAGGUCAAAACAUGCCGAACGGGUGGAUGCUAAAGAUCCUUCUUCCUUACAUCAAUGUCUGGGCCCUGGCUGCAUCCAGGCUGCCCGGGCUAGCUCCAAGUACUGCUCCGAUGAAUGUGGAAUGAAGCUGGCAGCCAACCGCAUCUAUGAGAUCCUCCCACAGCGCAUACAGCAGUGGCAGCAAAGUCCCUGCGUGGCAGAGGAGCAUGGCAAGAAGCUGCUGGAGCGGAUAAGGCGGGAGCAGCAGCAGGCCCGGCUUAAGUUACAAGAAAUGGAACGCCGAUUCCACGAAUUGGAAGCUCUAAUUGUCCGGGCCAAGCAGCAGGCUAUCAAGGAAGAUGAAGAGACCAGUGAAGGAGACAGUGAUGACACAGAUUUGCAGAUAUUCUGUGUCUCCUGCGGCCAUCCCAUCAACCCCAAAGUUGCCCUUCGCCACAUGGAAAGAUGUUAUGCCAAGUAUGAGAGCCAGACAUCUUUUGGGUCUAUGUAUCCCACACGUAUUGAAGGAGCUACUCGUCUUUUCUGCGAUGUCUACAACCCACAAAGCAAGACAUACUGCAAACGCUUGCAAGUCCUCUGCCCAGAGCAUUCCCGAGACCCAAAAAUUUCGGCAGAUGAGGUGUGUGGUUGCCCCAUGGUAAAAGAUGUGUUUGAGCUCACUGGGGAAUUCUGCCGGGUGCCCAAACGGAAAUGCAAUCGACAUUACUGCUGGGAGAAGUUGCGCCGGGCUGAGGUGGAUUUGGAGCGAGUGCGUGUGUGGUACAAGCUGGAUGAGCUGUUUGAGCAGGAACGAAAUGUUCGGAUGGCUAUGACUAACCGGGCUGGGUUACUUGCCCUCAUGUUGCAUCAGACAAUCCAGCAUGAUCCACUGACCACAGAUUUGCGCACAACCACUGAUCGUUGAGCUGGUGCUUUCUUGACUGCGGAUGAUGCCUUCAUGAUUCAGUGCCAAUUGAACCAGAAUCUUUUUAAAUUAUUUUUCUUAAGCUCUUUUUUCAUUAAAACUGUCUGGUCUUAGCCACCUUUCCCAUCACUCCCGUAGAAUCUAGUUUUCCUUGACCCUAAUCUCUGUGUCAGUAUUAUAGCCUUGCUGUGAUCAGUCCUUUUUUAAUUAUUUUUUACAUUAUUACAGUUCUAAGGUAGAAGUCUGACAGUAGGGUCUUGGAGAAAUGAAUGUAAUGAUGGGACUUCCUUGUUUUCUCUCCCUGUCCUUCCCCACCUUAACAAUAAACAUUUGGCUCCCACUGGC